AUGGAGCUGGUAAAUAAGGUGAUCUUCCUUUUCUUGCUAGCCUCUCCCAGUUUCGUGAUACACAGAGGAUUAGCUCAGAAACUUAUUUCCAUUGCUGGACCCAGGGAGCUAGAAGACAAUCUGCAUCUGCACAACCAAGUCCUAUCCGAGGAAACUCAGGCCCCUGCUGGAGGCGAAGCCCACGACGACCUGUGCCAACGGGAUCCUUUGGCUUCCGAGCUACCCCGCUACCUCUCCCAGCUCCGCGAGGCCGGGGCGACGCACUACAAAGUCUUCCUGCCAUGGGGUGGAAAAAUGUCCAUUGCUUUAGAUUUGGAUCACAUCUUGGAUGUUCCUUCUUUCCAAUUGCUGUCAGUUUCUCUUCAGGAUUCAUUAGACUUUCUGUCUCUCAACGUGCAAUACAAUUGUGGAAAUGAAAAGGAUUUCUACAUGAAGUUGGGUGAAUUUCAGAAUAUCUGGAAGGACACAGAGAUUUUGCUUUUUAGUGUGAAGUUCAUUAAUUGUAUUUCCAAGGACGAGAAUCCGCUCAUGCCGCUGCCUUUCAUUAUCAGAGCCAUUAAUAAAGAAAAGCCACUUACAAUUGGGUAUGACAUUAAUGAAUUCUUGAACUUCUCAUCGAAUCAUGCCUCAAGCAUAACAAAUACUCCAAGGAAGAGAGCAGCUGCUGUUCUUGCCUCCCAGUCCUCCUAUCAAUCCGUCUGGGAGAUGUUUGCUAGCCAGUCUAAAUUGGAGAGGGAUUCUUUUCUGCAGGAUGUUUUCCCCACUGGUUUCCUCUGGGGCACAUCCACAGGUGCCUUUAAUGUUGAAGGAGGCUGGGCAGAAGAUGGCAAAGGAGAGACCAUUUGGGAUCACUUUGGGCAUGAAGGCCAUGUCUACAUGAAUCAAACAGCGGAUGUGGCAUGUGACAGCUACUAUAAAAGCAGCUAUGAUGUCUACCUGCUCAGGGGUCUUCGGCCCCAGCUGUAUAAAUUUUCUAUAUCCUGGUCGAGAAUUCUCCCUUCUGGCAUCAGAACUGCCUUCAAUGAAAAGGGCGUGCAUUAUUAUAACCAAUUAAUUAGGAGCCUGCUAGACUCUAACAUUGAGCCCAUGGUGACUCUGUUCCACUGGGAUCUCCCUCAAGCUCUGCAGGUUCCUGGUGGCUGGCAGAAUGAAAGCAUCAUAGACAUUUUUGUAAGCUAUGCAGACUUGUGCUUUGCCACCUUUGGGUAUGGGGUCAAGUACUGGAUUACUUUCCAUGAGCCCUGGGUUAUCAGCUACGCUGGCUAUGGCACCGGAGAGCAUCCUCCAGGAAUCACUGACCCAGGAGGAGCAUCUUACAAGGUGGCUCACACAAUUCUCAAGGCUCAUGCCAAGGUUUGGCACCUGUAUAAUGACAGAUACCGUUCUGUGCAGGGGGGAAAGGUAGGGCUGGUGCUGAAUUCAGAUUGGGCUGAACCCAAGACUCCAACCAACCCUGAGGACGUGAUAGCAUCCGAGAGGUACCUGCAGUUCAUGCUCGGCUGGUUUGCUCAUCCUAUAUUUGUUAACGGGGAUUACCCAGAUAUCCUGAAGGCUCAGAUCCAGCAAGUCAACCAGCAGUGCUCCACAACAGUUGCCCAGCUGCCUGUGUUUACUGAGGAGGAGAAGUCCUGGGUGAAGGGGACUGCAGAUUUCUUUGCUCUGUCGCAUUACACUACGCGCCUGGUCAGCGCGGUGACUAACAGCACCUGCGCUCCCACCUACGAGAGCAUUGGGAGCUUCUCGCUGCACGUGGAUCCGGCCUGGCCACAGACUGCCUCCUCCUCGAUCCAUGUGGUCCCUUGGGGACUAAGAAGGCUGCUGAAGUUCGUGUCCCAGGAAUACACGGGGACGAAGAUCCCGAUUUACAUAGCAGGAAAUGGUGUGCCGACAGCAGACGGGGAGGAUGUUAUUAAUGACACUCUGCGAGUGGACUAUUUCCGUCUGUACAUCAAUGAGGCUCUAAAAGCGGUGAAACUUGAUGCAGUUGAUGUUCAGUCAUACAUUGCUCGAUCACUGAUUGAUGGCUUUGAAGGCCCAAUGGGGUACAGCCUAAAAUUUGGGCUACAUUAUGUCGAUUUUGAAGAUAGCAACAGACCAAGGACCCCCAAGGCAUCUGCUUCUUUCUACUCCAGUGUUAUUGAAAAUAAUGGUUUCCCAGCCAAAGUCUCAAACAGAUUUUCUACUCCUGUGGCAUUUAACCUACCUGUGUCAUCAAAAUUGCCCAGUUUACCAGCGUCUGAAGUUCCCUCAAAGGCAAAGGUUGUUUGGGAGAAGUUUUCGUCGCAAACAAAGUUUGAAAGGGAUAUGUACUUCUAUGGCACCUUCCCAGAGGACUUCCUGUGGGGUGUGUCGUCGUCGGCCUACCAGGUAGAAGGAGGUUGGGAUGCCGAUGGCAAAGGUCCCAGCAUUUGGGAUACUUUCACCCAUGUCCCAGGCAACAUAAAUAACGAUGAUACUGGAGAUGUAGCCUGUGAUAGCUACAACAAAGUGGAGGAAGAUCUUUACAUGCUGAGAGCCUUAGGGGUGAACAGCUACCGUUUCUCUCUGUCUUGGCCUCGGAUUUUCCCUACUGGAAGAAACAAUUCAAUAAACAGCCACGGCGUUGACUACUAUAACCGUCUCAUUAACGGGCUGGUUGCAAGCAACAUCACUCCAGUGGUCACGCUGUAUCACUGGGACCUGCCGCAGGCUCUGCAGGACGAGGGGGGCUGGGAGAACAGCACGCUCAUCGAGCUGUUCGACAGCUUUGCAGACUUCUGUUUCCAGACCUUUGGGGACCGCGUGAAGUUCUGGCUUACGUUCAACGAGCCCCAUGUCGUCGCUUGGGUCGGCUAUGGCGCAGGGGAGGUCCCACCCAAUGUCAACGAUCCUGGUGAUGCUCCCUACAGGGUUGCACACACCCUGCUGAAAGCUCACGCCAGGGUCUACCACACGUACGACAGCAAAUACAGAGCGAGCCAGGGCGGCAUCGUCUCUCUGAGCCUCAACGUUGACUGGGCUGAGCCGAAGACGCCGAGCGACCCCAGGGACUUGGAGGCUGCAGACAGGUACCUGCAGUUUUUGUUGGGCUGGUUUGCACACCCCAUCUUCAAAAACGGAGACUACCCUGACGUCAUGAAAUGGAAAGUGGGGAACAGGAGUGACCUGCAGAACCUGCCGUCGUCCCGCUUACCGGUUUUCACGGCUGAGGAGCGCGACUACAUCAGGGGCACGGCAGAUGUUUUCUGUUUCAACACCUACACCUCCAAAAUUAUAACUCACGCAACCACCCGUCUCAGGCCCUUCUCCUAUGAGCAUGACCAGGAAGUUUCAGUAUCCGUUAACAGCUCUUGGCCUUCCUCAGCUGUUACUGGACAUCGGGCUGUGGCCUGGGGAAUGAGGAGGCUGCUGAAUUGGAUCAAAGAGGAAUAUGGAAAUCCCCCAAUUUAUGUCACUGAAAAUGGGGUAGGGAUAAAGACCGACUCGGAUGUUGACGACAAUGCCAGGAUAUUUUACUACAAAACGUAUAUCGAUGAAGCUCUGAAAGCUUACAGGCUGGAUGGUGUUAACCUGCGAGGAUAUGUCGCUUGGUCUUUCAUGGAUAACUUUGAAUGGUUGAGUGGGUAUGAUCCCAGGUUUGGAUUGCACCAGGUUGAUUUUGAUAAUCCAAACAGGCCAAGGACUCCAAAGCGCUCCGCCAUCUACUAUUCAGAAAUCAUCCGCAAUAACGGUAUCCCGGAGCCCAUGGAUGAUAGCUUCAUAUACGGGGAGUUUCCAAAGGGCUUUGCUUGGAGUGUAGCAACUGCAGCAUAUCAGAUCGAGGGAGCAUGGAGAGCAGAUGGGAAAGGACUUAGCAUUUGGGAUCAAUAUGCUCAUACUCCCUUGAAAAUCGGCAACGAUGAGACUGGUGACGUAGCCUGUGACAGCUACCACAAGAUCGAGGAGGAUGUGGAAAUGCUGAAGGGGCUCCAGGUGUCUCACUACCGCUUUUCCAUCUCCUGGCCGCGCGUUCUCCCGGACGGGACUACCGGCUACAUCAACGAAGCGGGACUGAACUACUACGAGAGGCUCAUCGAUGCCCUUCUGGCAGCUAACAUUAAGCCUCAGGUAACAAUUUAUCACUGGGACCUCCCGCAGGCGCUGCAGAACGUCGGGGGCUGGGAGAACGACACUAUUGUGGAGAGGUUUAAGGAAUACGCUGAGCUGCUUUUCCAGAGGCUGGGAGACAGAGUGAAAUUUUGGAUAACCAUCAACGAACCGUACAACGUGGCGUACUAUGGGCACGGCACAGGCACAGCCGCGCCGGGUAUCUUCCUCCGGCCGGGGCGAGCCCCCUACAUCGUGGGGCACAACUUAAUAAAGGCCCAUGCUGAAGCCUGGCACGUCUACAAUGACAAGUACCGUGCGACGCAGCAAGGCUUGAUCUCCAUCAGCAUCAACUCAGACUGGGCAGAGCCGAGGAAUCCCCACAAGCAGGAGGACCACGACGCUGCCAAACGCUACAUGCAGUUCCUUGUAGGUUGGUUUGCCCAUCCUAUUUUCAAAAAUGGUGAUUAUAGUGAAGUGAUGAAAACGAGGAUUCAGGAACGCAGUUUGGCCCAAGGCCUGAGCCAGUCAAGACUGCCAGAAUUUACAGAAAGCGAGAAGCAGAGAAUUAAAGGCACCUACGACUUCUUCGGGCUCAAUCAUUACACUACAGCCUUGGUCUACAACCUAAACUAUCCUGCGGCUCUUGCGUCCUAUGACUCAGAUAGGGGUGUCGCCUCCGUGUUCGACCGCAGCUGGCUGGGCUCGGGCUCCUUCUGGCUGUACGUGACACCCACUGGCUUCCGCAAGCUCCUGCAAUGGAGGGGUCUGGCGAGCCGGGCGCUGAGGGAAGGGGUGCGGAGCAGAGGCGCGCGGCUGCUCGCGGCAGAGCUGCAAGGCUCACGUCCCUCUAGGGAUAUUCCGUGUCUGCUGCUGGGAGCUGGGGGCACAAGGGAGGCCAGUGAUAACGUGGCCGAACCCGUGCACUCCUAUUUGAUCCAGGACGUCAACCUGUGCGGCUACACGGCCUGGACGCUCAUGGACAACUUAGAGUGGGCAGCAGGCUUCACCGAGAGGUUCGGGUUCUACUACGUGAAUCGCACAGACCCCGCGUUGCCGCGGCUGCCCAAGGCCUCGGCCAAGUUCUACGCCCAGCUCGUGCGCUGCAACGGCUUCCCAGACCCCGCGGACGGCGACCACCCCUGCCUGCACCCUGAGACGGACGUGCCGGUGACGCCAACAGCGGCCGCCCCGGGGCUGGCCCAGGCUGCUCCCUUCCUGGGCUUGCAGCUGACGCCGCACACCGCAGAGGUGGCCCUGUACGCGCUCCUGGCUCUCGCGGCCGUGGGGGCCCUGGGGCUGGCUCUCUUCUCCGGUCUCUAUGGAAGGCUCUCCAGAAGGUCCCGGGAAAGGUAA